AUAGGUUUUGCCAAUUCUAAUUUGGCUUCGCAAUCACCCCUAAAAUAUCCCAUCAGCCACACCACUCUUGUUCCUCUUUGCUACGUCCAUCAAUCUUGACCACCAGUCUUGAACGCUGAAGCUUGCUCAUAUCUCUGUCUAUACCCCUUUCUUUCUAUAACCUCAUCCCCUUUACACCCCACUCUUUACGCCCACCCUUUACGCCCACCCUUUACACUUGCCCUUUACAUCCCAUCUCCCCUAGCCCUCAUUAUGUCUCUUAAAGAAAAGUUGCGCACAAAGUUUACCCGCACAAAGUCGCUCUUGAAAAUGGGUGAUGACGAGCCGUCACUCCUCAUGCGCAAGCUCUCCACAUCAUCGUCAUCGCUCGAGUCCGAAACGGCCUCCAUGUCGCCAUCCGAGGACUACGACGACGACCUAGAUCCAGACUGUCCACCCCGUUUGCGCAACGGGUCUCUCUCCUUCAUAGCCAUGCCCUCGCCCUUGUCGGCGCAAACCAUUCGCGAGGUGGAGGAGGAGUACGUCAAAAGACACACCCGCGACAGCUCCACUGCCUCUAGCUCCGGCUUGUCGUGCAUCCCAGAAGACGUCAGCGCCUCUGAGAGUAAUUACCACCAGGAGCUCUCCCAAAAGCUUUCCCAGCAGCUCCACAACACAUAUCUCGCCGAAAGCGCCAUGGACCCAAUUGACGAACGCAACACAUCCACUCCUACGAUACAGUCCCGCUCACCCUCGCCCUUGAACCGAUCACACUCGCCCCACGACUCGUCGUUCGAUACCACCUUGACAAUUCAGGGCGAAUCCGAGAGCCAGGACCUUCCCGAAGACCCCCACUAUUUCUCCAACAAGCAGCAGCACGGCCAGGAGGCGUAUGCAAAUCUUUCCAGCGAUGACUUGCUUCCCCCUAUUCCGAUGUGCCCCCCCUCCACGGAAGAGGAGCUUUCACCGACCAUCUUGCCAAAUCCGUUGUUCAAGAGACCGCUCUCCACGCCACCCUGUGCGCCGUCGAUGUUUGGCAACGAUGAGUGUGUGUCGCCCAUCACUCCACCAUCCUUCCACAACCGUGCCAGCUACGGCUCGGGCAAUUCCACCUCCACCACGCUAUCUUCGAGUAAUUCCGAGUUGAACCUUCUGCAAGUGCCGAAUAUGAGUCUCAUGCUGGCGCCAAAUAUGGGUCUCAUGCUGGCGCCAAAUAUGAGUCCGAAUAGCAGCACCAGCAGUGCCACCCUCCCCAUGCUUCACGAGGCGUCUUCGGCCACGAAGGCUGAUAACCACGACUACGCAGACGCCAUGGCCAGCACCAUCUUGGAAAAGGUCAGCCGUAGCGCCAGCGUCUCCGUCCACCAAUCGCAGGUAUCGGUGGACAAUUUCCAUGACGACCGCAAGAGCUACGACCACGACACGUAUCACGGUGAUAUCGUUGCCAUCCAGGAUACCAAUACCGACAACUGGGUGAUUUAGGUACUAUCAGUUUGUGGUACAACUGCCAGAUCUGAUGUGCAAGCUCAAGCCCGGAUGAAUUCGCUAACUCCACUCGGAUUAAUUCGCUUCAGCUCGAGGUAUUUGCUUAGCCGAGUUCACAGCUGAAUGGAUUAUGCAUCCUACAGACAAGCCCCACCGUAAGUUAGUCUCCCAAGUCAAGUGAGAUGGCUUUAAACGGUUGAUUGUAUGCGUAAAUCGAUGAUUGGCAUUUAUACAAAUGUAGUUGAGAGCUAAAAUAGGGAAUGGUAUUGUUCUACGGUCCUUUUGAAGAGGGUUCAAUCUUAGACCUGGAUAUUAAAAUAUACAAUUGGGUCGUAUAGAUAACCAUUAGUUUAGCCAUAUGACCUUAAAAUAUCCCUUCUGCAAGUCACAAGCGACGUAGAGGCUAUCGGCAGCCUCAACUCCUGGAGUCAAUGCAUCUUGUACUAUCAAUCUAGGCCAAAUAGGC